AAAUAAAACGAUAAAUUGUAUGACAAUAUGUUCACCAUAUUGCAAUUGUGCCCCGAUAUAUAUUUACAUAUAUAUAUUUUAUAUAUAACUUUUUUUAGUUAAUAUGUUACAUCUUAAUCUAUUCUAGGAAACGCUCGUCAUUUAUUGUGUUACUGCGAAGUCUGGACUGACUUUAUUUCCUCUUCAGUCAAAUUGAAUUUUGAGGACCGUGUAUAAAGAUAAAAUGUGGCUUUACCAACUUAUGUUUGCGUUUAUAUUGGCCUCAACGACAGCGAAAGCAUGUGGGCCACCGCCCGAAAUUGCAAACGGAACAGCAACGUUACGCAUGGGUCUUAAUAUAACGACCGGUUCAUUUGCUGAUGUUCACUGCAACCCGGGUUACAUGAGCAAACCCACAAUCGCUUGCCUUUCCAACAAUUCUUGGGAACAGGUGACUUGCGAACUAUCAGAAAUUGAUUUUGGAGCAUAUGGUACAGAAGCAUCAGCGAAGACAGAGACCAACUUCUUUGUAACAUGUAAAUUAAACAAUUCCAUACCGAGUGUAAAUUUGGCGACGUAUAAAUGGUUCAGAGUGGACAAUACAGAGGUGACGUCACGGGAUUACAUUACCAGGGUGUAUGUAGUGGAUAGAAGCCCGGGGCUUGAGUUGAACCUGGAACCAGUACGGGAUGAGGAUGCCGGACAUUACAGGUGCGUGGCCACCGUCGGAAGUCAGACCUACGAGCGCAAGUUGAUUUUAGCAGUAAGAGCUACGAUUACAUUCCAUGAUUGUCCAACGGAGCAGUUUGGUAUGGUGGGAAAUCGCUCUGAGAUCCUGUGUUCAGUGUCUGGAGGUGAGGGGACUUUGUCAACUGAGUGGCGCAAAGAAGGCGUUGUGGGAACACUGGUGACCAACAAUGAAUAUGAAAUAGAAACCAAAAAGUUGGUUGUUCUGCAAACAACUGCAUCGUCUGCCGGACUCUAUACAUUCUAUGCCUCGGCUUCUACAGAAAAGAAGAGUCAACGGAUAACAUUUACAGCUGUCACUAUUCCAUUCAUUGUUCAACCACUUUUAUCCAAGAAGGCAGUGGUGGGCAACACUGCGGAGCUGUUCUGUGCGGCGCGUGGAACGCCGUCUCCAAGAAUAGACUGGUUCAAAGUAGAUGAGAAUCGCAAAGAAGUACGCAUGCAGACGGACAGUCGUAUCACAAUCAAGGAGCUGACUGUGGACGGCGACACUCAGGGCAUCAUGAUGAUCGAGAAUGUUCAGAAGGAGGACGAGUCACUUUAUGCCUGCAAGGCCUACAACAAAGCCGCUGAGAUUCUAAACUCUGACACUAUCCCAGAGACACAAAGCAAUCUGGACGUGCAAACCAUACCCAGUAUCGGGGAAUUCCAAGACACGGUGAACGGGCAGUACCAGGGUAGGGAGGGCGCAAGUGUGACCAUGAAGUGUGAGGCCCGGGGUGACCCCAGGCCCGUAGUGGUCUGGACUAAGGUCGGCAGCAACCACCAGUACACAGAGGGACAGAACUCAGAGACGGUGUCAGUGACCAAGGAGGACAUAGCGGAUCCCAACAACCCGGGGGUCAAACUGUCCCUUGAUCUGAAGGGGCUGGAGGCCAGUGCAGAUGGCAUCUACACAUGCAUCGCCCGCAACGAGGCCGGAGAGGUGUCCAAGAACGUCAAACUGGAUGUCCUGUUUUCUCCAAAUUUCGAUGGCCAAGACACUGAGUAUGGUAGAGUGUUCUAUACAUGGAAGGGUAACACGGAUGGUAAAGUGGUCUGUGUUGUCAAUGGCAACCCCCAGCCAAUCUUCAAUUGGUACAAAAACGGCACAGAGAUCGUACGUGGAACAUCAGGUUACGGAUUGUCAGAGGAGAAGUCGGCUGAUCCCAGAUACCCGUACAGACAUAUCAGCAAGGUUUCUGUAACGUACAAUGGGGCCAAUGACAACAUAUUUGGCACCUACACCUGCAAGGCAACAAACAACAUUAAGCCCAAUAAUCAGACCCUGCAGCUAAAGAUGGCUGGUGUUUCUUCUGAUGAUACUAGUCCAAGACGUAGUACUCAUUCAAGUAUUCCCGAAGACAAUUCGAUCACCGACAGUUUAACAACUGCACAACUCGAUGGCUCUUCGACCACGGAUAUCACCGCCAAGAAUCCUCUCACAAAAGAGUCAACGGGUACUGUGGGUGUAGGUAUCGGUGUUGCAGGUGGUUUACUCUGCGUGGUGGGAGCAAUAUUUGUCAUUAUUGUACUAAGAAGAAGAGGUGCGUUGCCGUGCAAAUACGGGACUAAAACUGACACAUCUUACAAGACUAAUGAUGGAUCGUCCGCGAUUGCAAGCAGAUCGGAUGAAGACACCAUUAACAGCCAUAACUAUGUUAUAUAAGAGCAUCGCACGCUAUCGGUGGAAGACACGGUCGAUCAUUAUAACACAGCAGAUGAAAUAAAAGAAAACAACGGCGAGACGGAUAGUUACAAUGCAAUAGAGAUAACUGACGAACCAUAUGAGCGUAUUAACGAGAGCAACGGUAAUUAUUAUCGUACAACCAUUACCUUAUCAUCUGAACCCGUUACCAGGAAACCGGACAAUAUAUACAACAAACUCAAGAUAGACCGGCCCGGUGACUAUGACCACCUAGGAAGACUCGAGCAUAGCAUGUCCCAAGCAGGCAACGACUACGAUACAUCUGCUAUUCCGCAAAGGAACGAAGUCAUUGGCGACUAUAAUUAUAUCACGAAUCCUGUUAGAACACAACCGUUACACGAGGUGACGGAACAAAGGAUCUUGAACAAGGGGACUGUGAUGUUAUGAAUGAAAUGACGGUUGCACUUCCACCAGGCAAUGCCCAUGAUUAUGCGCACGCCAAAAUAUAGAAAGGUAUCAAGUGAAUAAAUUAUUGAAUUAUUAAUAUUUAAAAUAAUUCGGAUGUUCUUAUUCUGUGACAUAAACGUAUACGGCGUAUUAGUGUUACAGUAAUUUGCAUUACAAACUUUAUACCAGUGGUUUCUACUUGAAGUCGUGAUAUUAUUUAGCUCCAUUAAAAUAAAAACUAUAAACAGAGGUUUGAUUUGCACGACUAUUACGACAAAAUGGACUUUUGUUUAUGCGUGAGUGUUUUGACGUAUCGUUUUUGCAUAUCCACCAAUAAAAACACAUGUGAGCGUUGACAAACUUUUUUAUUGUAUAGACGUGCAUUCACUAGUGCAUUAACCAUAUUCAAAAUUAAAAUUAAACCAUGAUAUCAGAUGAAAGAAUCAAAACAUGCUGAUUGCAAUGUGAUUGUAGUGGCAUACGGCCCCAUACAUUGUCAGUGUGUACUUAAAACGUGAUUAAUAUAAUUAACGACGCAAUAAUAGCAAAUACUGUACUUGUAAUACAUAAAUAGUGUGUGUAUAACUAUGUUUGCAAAGAUUUCGUCUUUGAUACUUUCCUAUUAUUAUGAGUAGAGAUUGAAUACUUACUGCUUAAUAAAUAUUGCAAUGCAAACAAUA